UGGGACAUGAACAGAGUUGCACUUGUAACCGAUCAAAAAUGAAAACAUUUGUGUGGUUUUUUCACCUCUGUGCACUGUGGUAUUUUGAACAAUUAGCUGUCAGUGGUGAAAAGUGAGUUUUUAAUAUUGGAAUCAUGCAGUGCCACGGUUUAAUUGCUUGUUAUUUCUAAUGUGAGCCUGUCAGGGUGUUCUAUUAUUUUGCUCCAUAAAAUGUCAGGUAAAUUAAAAUCUGUAUAUUGGCUCAAACUAUUUUGCUAAAACGUUCCAGCAAAGGGCCGGAAAAAAAAUUCAGUCAGUCUAAACUCAAAAGCUAAUAGAAAAAUUGAAAAGAAACUAAAAGGAGACUAAAGCUGUUUAAACCUUAUAAUUCCAUGGUUAUCUUUGAUAUUUUCAACGUUUCUGUUAUGCUAUUAAAACUUAUUUUCUCCUUUUAUUCAAAUUAAUGAGAUUUUCCAUAAAGCGUUAAUAAAAUAUAUGGCAGGUCUAGGUCUUGACUGACUCUCAAAACACAUGUUCCCAGGGUUUUUAAAUGUCUCAUCGGUUCGUCACUUUGCCCGACAGUCCGUGAAAGCAACAAACAUUAGCUUAGGAGCUAGCCAUGUUAGCGGUCAGCAUUGUGUUGCUAGAAAAUGAGUUAAGUUCACCGCUUUUGAAGAUAAUUCGCUAAACCUUAAACUGUUGUUAGAUAACCACAUGGAUGAAAUUGGUUUGCUUCACGGCUCACCGGAACGAAUGGACGUUCGAGAGCUUGUCUCAUCGGCGGGUAAAGCCGUUUUGGAUAUGAUGGAGCGGGAAUGGCAGCCUCUGUCUGCGAACGAGCUGGAGCAUCGGCUGGAUCAGGUGGUGGAGGAGGUCCUGGAGUCAGAACUUAUGGCAAAACUUCAAACGCAGCCUCUUCCUACAGUUUGUGUACAAUUACUGCAAAGUAAAACAAAUGCUGGUCCUCAAAAUGUGGCCUCAGCGACUGCAGCUAGUAGCCUACCGGAGGAAGAGGCGGCAGGGUCCGAUGGACAGCCGGAGACAGUGGACAGCACAGCUGUCCAGCACAUCACAGAUCUGCUGCAAAGCUCCGAAUCUAAGGCUCGGAUGUCUGGAAGGGCUCGCUUGUCUCUGUCCCACAGUGUCCUCCUGUCUCUGUCCCUGCUGUCUGAACGGAUCAGCUACCGCUCUGUGUCCAAACGCUUCCAACUGGAAAAGGGAAACAUCCACAGGAUCUUCUUCUCCUUCUGUGAACGGAUCAACAUGCUGCAGGAGCAGCAGAUCAGAUGGCCAGUUGACAGAGAGGCUUUGUUGGCACUUUUUCCAUUUUCCAGUCAGCUUGGAAUAGAUGAGCUAAAGGAAGAUCAGCCUGUGCCUCAGAUACUGGGAGUGCUGGGACACACACGGAUUCCUAUCCGUCUACCUGUAGGGAAACCUGAAACUGAGAGUGAAGCGCCUGUGAAGAAGAAAACAAAGAAGGAGGCUCAUCCUAACUUCUGGUUAAACCUGGAGCUGGUCUGCAGUCUUAGAGGCCAGUUCCUGCACUGUAGAAUCAGUAAAGGCUCAGAUCUAGAUAGAGGCAGGACUCUGGGAGAUAGACUCAAACAGCAUCCUGAACUAAUGCCCUCAGGCUCCUGUCUUGUGGCCAGAGCUGGCUACCCACUCACUGAACAAAUUUUAACCCCAUAUAGGAGAGGUUGCGGCCCAAAGGAGGAGCUUUUUAACAGAACUUUGGAGGAGCACUGUCAGAUUUUGGAUCGGUCUGUCGCCAGCCUGAAAGGCAGAUUCAAACGUCUUACGUAUCUGGAUAUAGGGAACAACGAGCGAGCCAGAGCUGUUGUUCUGACGGCGUGCGUGUUACACAAUGUGUUUGUGAACUUGGGUCAAGUGCUUGAAGAAGAGUCUGAGAAAGAGAACACUGUGAUUGAAGAGGAGGAUGGGGAGGAAGAUGACGAUGGCGUACGUAGACGGGAUACUGUUGCAGGUCUGCUGCUGAACAGCUGCGAUUUUCUAUCUGUGAGCAGAACUGAGCAAGAAUAAAGAUUUGUGUUAACGCUUGA